AUGAGUGCUGUUGGAAACUCAAUUUGUGAAACUGUCUUAACUUCUGGAGAAAAUCUAGCUAGAAAAAGAAACUUCACAUCAAAGACUCCACUGAUGUAUGAGUGGUAUCAAGAAUACUAUGUAGGUGCUGCUCAUGGCCUAGCAGGAAUUUAUUACUUCUUGAUGCAGCCCAGUCUUCAUGUAAGCUCUAUGAAGUUACAUAGUUUGGUCAAGCCCAGUAUAGACUAUGUUUGCCAGCUGAAGUUUCCUUCUGGAAAUUAUCCUCCUUGUGUGGAUGAUACUCGAGAUCUGCUAGUCCACUGGUGCCACGGUUCCCCUGGGGUAAUCUACAUGCUCAUCCAGGCCUAUAAGGUGUUCAAAGAAGAACAGUAUCUCAAUGACGCCUAUCAGUCUGCUGAUGUGAUCUGGCAGUACGGUUUGCUGAGGAAGGGGUAUGGACUGUGCCACGGCGCUGCGGGGAAUGCCUACGCCUUCCUGGCACUGUACAACCUCACACGUGAUAUGAAGUACCUGUACAGGGCCUGUAAGUUUGCUGAGUGGUGCCUCGAUUAUGGAGAACAUGGAUGCAGAACACCAGAUACCCCUUUCUCCCUCUUUGAAGGAAUGGCUGGAACAAUAUAUUUCCUGGCUGACCUCCUAGUACCCACAAAAGCCAAGUUCCCUGCAUUUGAACUCUGAAAGGAAAGGCUACCCCCUGCAUCUCAUUGCAUGACCCUUUCUGUGUAUCAAACCUGGACUAAUGCUGUCCUUGCUUUUUAAAAAACCAGAGGCAAACUGUGUACUUGAUUUUUUUUCAGAAUUCAUCUUUAGUUCAGUUCCUUCAACAUUUACCUUUACUUUAAAAUAUCCAAGGAAAUCUCUUAUCUUAACAUUGGCUUCUUCCUAUAGAAAGGGUUGGUGAUAUGUACAGAAUUUGGAGGGCAUAUGUAGAUUUAGAUAAAAAAGUACUUUAGAACUUGGAGGAAAUAUUUUUCUUAUUUAAGUUUAUGAAUAUAAUUGUCUUAAUAUUGCUCUUCAAAUGUUCAGAAAAAAACUAAAUGUAGGCAAAGAAAGAUAGAUGUGUGAUUAUAAUUAGAUAUUGCCCUCCAUCUCUUCUUCUAGCAUAUUCCUCUAACAGGACAGUUUCAUGACUGCUUUUCACUAAGUGGUUGAUUAUGAAAGGGGACAAAAAUAUCACUACUCUAUAUAUGUCCAGUAUAAAAAUUCCACGAGUUGCAAACUGGACUUGGGACCUGAAUAUCAUUUUCAGAAUUUACAAUGCUUAUUUAAACUAAAGAUAAUAUGCGCUUUCGAAUAUGCUUCUUUUUGUUAGUAAGCAUCCAAGUUCUAUAGGCCAUCAUUUUUAUCAAAAACUCCUAAAAUGUAGUGGUCAUGCUUUAAAAAUUAGUUCAAGAUAAGCUAACAACAGUUUAUUGUUUUCUCUAAAAUAAGUUUGUAUAUUUUGGAACUAUUUAAUUUUGUUUAUUCUUUGGAUUUAGUAUGAUCAAGAAGUUUUCUGUGUAUGAAUAUAUUAUGACCUAGGAUUUGAGUGAACCCUGUCUACUGAACUUCUAAACUUUUGCUUGUGUUCUACUUAUUUUGCAAAGACUGUGGUUUAGUGCUGGCCAUUUGUUAAAAGCCAUAAGAUAUUUUCCUUCCGUUCAACCAAUGUAGCCAUUGGUUUUUUUGUAAAAUAGUAUAGUACUUCUAUUUAAAGGGGGGAGGGGUGCUAUAUAACCAAUAACUUGAAUAAAAACAAAGCUUUUAAUAGAAAUGCUAUUUAAGAGGUAUUAUCCAGUGAUAUUGCUUGGAACAAAUAGAUCCAGUCUCUUUGCAUACCCCAAGCUUAAUACUCAUCACUUUUUGAGCCCACCGGAUUAGCAUUUAUAUGGUAAAUGAAGAAUCCUUGAUGCUUCACAUUCUGGGCAAAUCCCCACUUACCAAUUCCCACUCCUCCUCCUUCCAUUACUGCCUUUUUCACUUUUGUUUCAUCACUUCUGUAUGUUUCUGAUUAAUUUUAAAACAUUUCACUAGUUUAAAAAAAAAAAAACAGGGUCUAAAAAUUUUAAAAGUGCCUGUUCCAUGGCUCUCUCCAUCACAGAAACAUGUUUUUAUUGAAACUUUGAACCAAAUCCCACAGAGUGUAUACUGGGUCCUGGGUAUGAUAUCCUAUUAUUUUCCAUUUAAAACCAAAAUAGCUAAUGUUUGU